AGCUCGAUUCGGUCAGACUACAAAGUAAGAUAGAUUAAUACACAGCACAAAGCAAAAUUUUAUUUUUUUUUUGUAAAUAUCUGUUCCUUUAUAUUCGGCAAGCAUUAGCUUAGAUAGACUAUGCUGUAUUUCGAUUGAUUCUGCAAGUAAAUUCCCAUUUGAUCUAAAAUAGAACAAAGUUUGAAUAUUAUCAUAGGGUAUCAUAGUGUAGUGUAUAUGUAAUAAUAUAUUUUUUAAAUUGGUUUUUUUUGUUUUUUUUUUUUUUUUUUGGUUUUUUAUAUAUUAUUGUAUAAGCGCCACAUUCGAGGUGAGAAACUUAUAUACGUUUAUAGUAUAGAGUAGUUAAGGAAUUUUGAGAAAAGUUCUUGAAAAUCUUUUUCGGACCUACACAAAUCGACAAGUUGAGCGGUUAUAGCCAUGAACGAAGCCUUAUCUUCUGGCUACAUACAGGGAUUACACUAAGUAGAGCUAACUCUCAGAAUAUGGCUCCGCCGAGACCAAGGGCGAUUAACGUGGUGGCCACACGCAACUCGAAGCAAUGGUCACGCAACGAGAUCAUAUCGUGGAUAAACGACACCUUGGACGCGGAUGUGGAGAAGAUUGAGGACCUGUGCACGGGCGCUGCCUAUUGUAAUCUGAUGGAUAUACUGUUUGCCGAUCUGGUGAAAAUGCGCAGGGUGAAGUUUGUGUGCAACCAGCCGACGGAAUACAUUGAGAACUUUCGGGUGCUCCAGCAGAGCUUUAACGAGGUUCACGUGAACACGCCCAUUAACAUUGAGCAGCUGGUCAAGGGUAGAUUCCAGGAUAACUAUGCGUUCGCGCUCUGGUUCAGGCUCUUCUACGAGUCCAACUAUCAUCGAUCGCCCGAUGGCUACGAUGCACGAGCGGCACGCGCCAAUAUGCCCAUCGCCAUUGGCCAGGCCAGCUUAUAUCCGACGUCAAUCCGCGCCCGAUCCGCGUCGCCGUGCGUACAGCACGAGCCCAGACAGCUGACGCGCAGCAAAACCGUCGUAUUGCACGGCUCCCAAUCGCAGUCGAGUGCCUGCAGUGAGAGUCUAACGACGACAGCAAGAUCAGACGCGUUUACAUCCAAGGCGCAGGCGGUUACGGCGCGAGUACAGCCGGGUAUAUCAAGAGCGCAGCGAGGUACAUCCAGAGCUCAGGCAGGCACAUCGAGAGAACUGCCCGGUAUAUCAAAAGUGCAGCCUGGUGCAUCACGAGUCCAGGUGGGUACAUCAACAGUGCAAGCCAGUACAUCACGAGCUCUGGCUUCUACACCAAAAGUUCAGCCCGCUACAUCACGUCUACAGCCUGCUACAUCACGUGUACAGCCCGCUACAUCACGUCUACAGCCUGCUACAUCACGUGUACAGCCUGCUACAUCACGUUUGCAGCCCGCUACAUCACGUGUACAGCCCGCUACAUCACGUGUACAGCCCGCUACAUCACGUCUACAGCCCGCUACAUCACGUUUGCAGCCCGCUACAUCACGUUUGCAGCCCGCUACAUCACGUUUGCAGCCCGCUACAUCAACGACGCAGUCGCAGUUGGAUUCAAAAACCCAAGUGCUUGCGCCGCAAAUCAAGAAUCUGCCAUAUCUUAUAUUGCCCAUACCCGAUUCGCUGACGCCGCGCGGCAAUCUGACAUUCAUCGUGGAUCGGACGCUCGAGCCGGCGGAGGAGAAAAAGGGAAAAUCGGAGCCAAAAGAAUCGACGACGACGUCGAAGUUCUUUCGCUGGUUCGAUAUGUUCAUGACCAAAAAGAGUCAAGGCGACAACGGCAAGAGCUAGUAUCAAGCACUUAAGCCCUCGACUACACUGCUUUGGCAAUAAAACAAAUAAUAAACGACUUUAAUUUAACAA